AUGCGAGCGGUUGAGGUCUCGAUACACUCUGGUUCCUUCUAGAAAUUUGGGAAUCGAGCGACAAGUUUUGUGAGAUGCAAGUGUCACCAUUCGAAAUUAAACAUGUCAGAAAAUGCAGAUGCGAAAUGUGAUGCAGUCAAGCCUAUGCUUGUGGCCAUACCCUCUGAUUCACCCAAGAAACCAGUCAAGUCUACCGCCGUUGUAAAAUACUCGGCUGUUCAAACACCCGCAACCUAUGCUCAGUUACAGUGCAAUACAGAUUUAAAUUUACCACCGAGCAACUGGCUCAGCAGUUCUGCAGAGAGCUAUGGCCUUCAGAGUGUCUGGUCCAAGACCUCUGGUUUUUCUAGUUUUCGCAUGGCACAUAUGUUCCCUGAUUGCGUGGGGGAGGUUGAUGUUGUAUCGGAUGCAGAAAACAUAAAAAAGCUGCUAAAAUUGCCUUAUAAUCAUGGAGUCAUAUCGAUGGUGGUUCACAGAAUAGAAAAUACUCUAUUGCUAGAUGACUUUGAUAUCCAUAAAUACUUGCUUAGGCAAGCAGAAAGUGACUGGGAAUGGCUAAAGAAAUUCUUUUAUGAACACAUUUUCCAAAAUCUAGGAGACAAGGAAAAAUGUUUGUUUCACAAGACAAACAAUCGAAAUACUUUGCAGCAAAUAAACUUGGUAUCCAAGUUUUUGUAUCAUUCAAUAGUAGUAGCAGAUAACAAAGAGCAACAUAUUAAACCACAAUUACCUGUGAAAACAUUGGAACCAUGUUUACCAGAACCUUCUCAAGAAGAGAAGGUUCCAGAUCCAAAUUAUAAUCACAAUUUUGCGAGGAACAUUGUCUGGACUUUUGAAAAUAUACAGAUGCUUAUUGGUACCGAUAUGCCAAUAUUUGGUGGUCAAACUCAUCCGUGCAUAAGUCUCAGAUUGAGGGAUAUGACUAAACCCAUUAAUGUAUUAACCGGUAUAGAUUAUUGGUUAGAUAACUUAAUGUGUAAUGUACCAGAAGUGGUAAUGUGUUAUCAUUUGGAUGGUAUUGUGCAAAAGUAUGAACUGAUCAAGACUGAAGAUCUUCCUAAUAUGGAUCACUCCAAAUUUAGUCCUAAAGUUAUCAGGGAUGUUGCACAAAACAUUUUGAGUUUCUUAAAGAACAAUGCAACCAAGGCUGGGCAUACUUAUUGGUUGUUCAAAGGCAAAGAUGACGAUGUUGUAAAGUUAUACGAUUUAACUUCUCUGUGUAAUGAUGUAUCGGAUGAAAAGGGCCAGAAUCCAUUCACUGUACCUGUUGCUAUGUUACUCUAUAGAGUCGCUCGUAAUAUGAAAUAUUCUUCUGAUUAUCAUAGACAACAGGGUACUAUUAGGAUGUUAUUGAAAAAUUGUAUACAGUUAUUAACUAAGGAAAAGUAUCCACAGAUUGUAACAUCCGCACACUUUAUGCUGUCUGACCUUUAUAUACCGUCUGAUACAGACCCUGCUAGCCCAGGAUUAUUAGAUCAGAGUGAUGAAGAGGAUACACAAAGUGAAUCCAGCAUAAACCAUGAAAAUGACAAGGAUUUGGAAGAAGAAACAGAAGAAGCUGCCAUUAAGUCUUUAACAUUAGCUAAUAUUAAAGAAUACGCGGAAUGCGAAGAACCCAAAUAUAAACCACCCCCAAUUUCGGGCAGUAUUGAAGAAAGAUGUUUAGCCGCUUUAGAGCAUGUUUGUUACGGGCUGGAUUGUUUACAGUAUUUUCCAAUGGACGAUAAUUUCGAAGAAGAAGAAACGAAAGAGAAAGAGAAAGAAAAAGUAAAGAGAGAAUACGAAGAAAAUCAUUUGACCAUGGCUAAACCUUUCCAAGCAAUUCCCAUGCCUUACAUCUCCUUGAAAGAUGAUAGAAAAGAGGUCGAAUCUGAAAUGAGUUCCCUGAAUAAUAGCCCUACACAUAAAAAGAAGUUGAGACAAAAGAAGAUGAAGAAAUACGAUAAAGUUAUUAUUACAAAAGUGGAACCUCAAGAAUCUGAAGCCAAAGCACUACUAUGUAAACUUAAAACCGAAACUUUACCAACGUGGCAAGCACCACAAAAGAGCGAUAAUAUCAGCUGGAACGUACAUUUAAAAACUUUGUUAUACGAAAAGGCUUUGUUAAUUUUUGCUGUGCUCGCUGAGAACGAAUAUGUCAAUAGAAAUUACGGAGCUUCGUUGAGAUAUAUGUUAGCAGUUUUACGUUGCCAAAAGAUAUUAGAGAUAUUUUGCGGGAUACGGAACGAUAAGUCGGUAAGCUAUUUAUUAGGUCGUGCCGGUGACUGUUGUUUUAUGGCUGUACAAGAUUGGUGUAAUGUCGAAAGACAUAGGCAGGAUUACAAAAUGAAGAACGAAAUUGAAGAGAGAAUUGUUGAAGAAAUUUGUAGAAUGGAAGACUUGGACAUCAAUAGUGCUGAAUUGCUGCCACAGCAUUUAGAAACUUUAGAAUCUACCUUAGUAGCAUCGUAUAAGUGCUACGAAAAAGCGUUAUCGUUAGAACCAUUGGAUAUGGAUAGAAACAAUCUCUUAAGGCGACUAGGAAAUAUUCAUAACGAGUUAGGCGUACUUUACAUGAAUCAAGGUGGAACACGGUAUCAACAAGAGAACUUAGGAGAAGAAACAUCAAGCUCCUUGGAUGAGGUAACAGUAUUGCUUAACCGCUCGCUAACUCAUUUAGAAGCAGGCGUGAAAGCGUUCGAAACUGUUCACGACGAAGCAAACUUAGCACUUUUACACUCAAAUACAGGAAGACUCAUGCGGCUUCGUGCACACAUGCACGUUAAGCAAAACACUCAAGAACGUUACUUCUACAAUAAAGCGCUCGCGAGUUACCAGAAAGCAUUGCAGGUCUUGGGGUCGAGAAAAUCAAACCCUGUGAUUUGGGAUACUAUUACAUGGGAUCUGUCUACUACUUUGUUUACUAUGGCUACAUUAUUACAAGAUUAUCCUACGAGUGGAUGCAAAACCGAAGAGGAAUUGGAACGAGAAGUUGUCGAUAUUCUGCAGAAAGCUUUGAAGCAUUGUGAUAUCGAAACGGCUGGACCAAGACAACCAGUCUAUCAAUUUCGCGCUGCAACUAUUCAACAUCGACUUGCAUCUUUAUAUCAUCGUGUAUACAGGGAACACGAACCAGAUACGGAUAAUAUGAAAAGAAAAACAAGUUUACAGUUAUGCAAGCUGUAUUAUGAUAAAGCUGCAAAGCUUUUGUUAGCUUUGGAGCAAACCGUGGAAUUUCUAACUGUACAAAUGGAAAGAGUAGCCUUAGCUGAACAUCAAGCGCGUUGUGCGACAACUUUUCAUGGCAAAUUGAAAGCAUAUCAGAAUGGAAUUCAGUUAAUUCUACAAUGCAGACCCAUUAUAGAUAUAUUGUGCGACAGAAAUAAUUCUCAGAAACAGAAAGUUGAGAAUGCAAAUACUGUUAGUAAUAAAGUGGAAAAGGAAAACAUCGAAGGAAAAGGGAUCGAUGAACAAAAAUUAAUAGAGGAUGAAGAGAGUUUAGUGGUAUUGCUGGAACAGCGGUUGCAAUUCAUUUUAAGGUCAUUGACGAAAUUAUUUGUUACCAAGAAUAGUAACAGUAAUAAAAAAGAAUCGGAAGCACUUACCAAUUUGUACAAACAGUGUUACAGUAAAACAUUACGACCAGUUACGAUGACUGGUUUCAAAUUAAUGCAACACAUUACACAGAUUUUACGCGAGUUAGAAAAAAUGUUACCACAUACAGAAUCUUGAACGAUUAACUGUAUAUAUCGUCUGUGUGCCAGUUUGAAGAUAUCGUAUAUGGUUUGGACCAACGAUUCCCUUGUCAAGAUCGAUGCAGUUUGGUCGAUGUUAAACUGCCGAUUCCCUUAUCCCUCUAAAAGGUCCUUCAUAUGUGGUUAUUGACGCUGGUCGUUAUUUCACUUGCGAGGUGAAACCUUGGUUGGGAUAAUAUUCUUUCAUUCACUAUAUACGAAAUGUCGAAGA